AUGUCUUCUUCAACUAUUGAGCAUGACAAGAUCAUAUUCCCACAAAGCAUCAAGGCGCAAUGGCAGACUGCCACCGACAAGGCAGCACGAGAUUUUCGGUCUGACGUCGUCACCGUGCCCACUGAGGAAAUGAUGCAGGCCGUGCUCGUUGCCUCUGUGAAUGAUGAUAUAUACGACACUGAAGGAGACCCAUCUGUCAAGGCCCUAGAAGCAAGGUUGAUUGAGUUGACCGGGAUGGAGGCAGCCCUGUGGGCCGUUUCGGGCACUCAGGGCAAUCAAAUUUGUCUUCGAACACAUCUCACUCAACCACCGCACACAGUCCUUCUCGACCAUCGAGCACACGUCCAUUGUUGGGAGUCGGGAGCUCUACCAGUUAUAUCUCAGGCUUGUGUAACCAUGGUGAAACCCAAGAACGGGGUCCAUCUCACUCUUGAUGAUGUAAAGGCCAACAUGAUCGCAGAUGGCAACAUCCACUUUCCUCCUACACGUGUUGUCUCGCUAGAAAACACUUUGAGUGGUACCAUUUUGCCAUUGAAAGAAGCACAAGCUAUCUCCAAGUUUGUGAGAUCUUUUCCAACCCCUAACGACCAAAAGCCUAUUGCAAUGCAUUUAGAUGCAGCUCGUUUGUUUGAUGGCGUUGUUGGCGAAGGCGUUGACAUCAAAGCCUACGCCGCUUGCUUUGAUAGCAUGUCCAUCUGUCUCGCUAAAGGCAUUGGGGCACCGAUUGGCAGUGUCAUUCUCGGAAGCAAACAAUUCAUCAAUCGUGCUAAAUGGUAUCGAAAAAUGCUUGGAGGCGGCACCAGACAACCAGGCAUGAUGGCAGCAGCUGCGCAUGUGGCCCUUGACUACGCCUUGCCACGUCUGGCCAAUGUCCACAGCUUGACGAAAGCCACGGCUCAAAAGCUUGAAAGUCUGGGGUAUCAGUUUGCGUUGCCAGUCCAGACCAAUAUGAUCGUACUAGACUUAGCCGCGGUGGGCAUUCCUGCUGCUGCGUUUGUGGAUUAUUGCGCAGAGCAGCGGGUGGCGGUAUUUCCCAACGGAAGGCUUGUUUUCCAUCACCAGACGUCAGUUGAAGGUGCUGAUGAUUUAGUGGCCGCUUUGAAAAGGCUUAAAGAGGCCAAAGAUAAUGGUGUUGUCCUUAGCGAAGCUGAGGUACAUGGAGGAUACAAAUGA